UGUGUUUGCUUGUGAAAAGGCGCAGAGGCGCAAAAAGUCUGCUCUUCCUUUUUUCUUUUUUUCUUUUUUUUUAAGGAAAAAAAGAAAUCUGCGGUAUCUGCUCCCGUCGUCGAUCGAUCAUCAUCGAGUCCCUUGUAGAAGAAGGCCAGCAGGCAAUGGACGAGGACGAGGCCAGCGUCAGCAGAGACAUGGGGCCCGGCGCUGAAGCUGAGGGGGAAGCGGCGGUGUUCCGGGGGACGGAAUACUCGGUGGUGCGCACCACCGUCGCCCUGGCGCUGUGGCUCGGCGGCGAUGCUCGACUACUACUCGCCUCGCUCCUCCUCCUCCCCGCCCGCCUCGCCGCCGCGGUGUUCGCGUUGCUCAUCUUCUUUAUGGUGAUUCCUCUCAACGACAAGAACAAACUGGGGCGUAAGCUAUCCAGGUUCAUAUGCAAAUAUGCCUGUGGGUAUUUCCCGAUCACCCUUCAUGUGGAGGACGUGAAAGCUUUUGAUCCGGACCAGGCUUAUGUGAUUGCUUACGAGCCGCACUCUGUGUUGCCCAUCGGCGUGGUCGCGCUUGCCGACCUCACCGGCUUCAUGCCUCUGCCUAAGAUCAAAGUUCUUGCAAGCAGUGCUGUCUUCUACACUCCGUUCUUGAGGCAGAUUUGGACAUGGCUAGGGUUGGUUCCUGCGUCGAGGAGGAACUUUUACUCCUACCUGGAAGCAGGUUAUAGCUGCAUUGUAGUGCCAGGUGGCGUGCGGGAAAUGCUUCACAUGGAUCAUGAUUCAGAGGUUGCUUUCCUUAAGGAACGGAAAGGGUUCGUGCGAAUAGCAAUGGAGCUGGGCUGCCCUUUAGUUCCUGUUUUCUGCUUUGGCCAGAGUUAUGUUUACAAAUGGUGGAAGCCCGGUGGGAAAUUAAUUGUUAGGAUUGCUCGAGCGAUCAAAUUCACACCAAUAAUCUUCUGGGGAAGAUUCGGGACCCCUAUACCUUUUCGUCGACCGAUGCAUGUAGUGGUGGGAAGACCCAUAAAGCUCAAGAAAAACCCUCGGCCGUCAAUUGAUGAGAUAAAUGAAGCCCAUGCACAGUUCAUCGUGGCUUUGGAACAACUCUUUGAGAAAUACAAAGAAAGGGCUGAUUAUGCUGAUCUCCAUCUAAGGAUUCAAUGACUUGUGCCCCGCAUUUGCCAAAUAAGCCAGCUUGAGAAAUGAAAUAUCUCUAGCAGGCACCCGUUAAUAUUCAUACGCCUUCACCAAAAUCGCCCCCCGCAGGGUUCUGCUAUAUGAUCUACUAUUAUAUAUAGUCAACUGCGUGAUAAUGGAAUUGUUAUAUUCAUCUUGUUUGUAGGGUCGAGUAUAGUUGCACAUCUGUAACAUAAUUAUUUCAAACCUUUGAUGUUUUCACUAAUUCGUUGUCUGCUGUAUAUCGUCGGGACGAGUGCGUGUUAAGUUAACUUGAUGCAAGUCUGUCGCAUGUUGACCAAUUAUAUUUACUGACCCUUGAGCUGACA